AUGACCGUGACUGCUCUUUACAACGUCGCCAUCAAAAAGUACUUGAAGAAGCACCUGCACCGGGUUUACCAGAAGAAGCGCGUGCGCAUAUUCUUGAAGCUUGUGUCAAUGCAUUUGAUGCAAUACCGUGGUGCUGGUACUUUUGAGUUCUUAUUUGAAGAUGGUGAAUUCUUCUUUAUCGAGAUGAAUACCCGUGUUCAAGUUGAGCAUCCAGUCACUGAACAAGUGACUGGUGUAGAUAUUAUUGAACAGCAAUUACGUAUCGCUGCGGGUCUAGGUUUAAAUCUUCAACAAGAAGAUAUUAAAAUCGAAGGUCAUGCGAUUGAGUGCCGUAUCAAUGCAGAAGAUCCGUCGACCUUCUUACCAUCACCAGAUCGUGAAACUGCGAUUGCCCGUAUGAAACAAGCCUUAGAUGAGAUGAUCUUAACUGGAAUUAAAACCAAUAUUCCUUUACAUAAAGAUCUGAUCCUUGAAGACAAAAACUUCUGUUCACAAGCAAUGGAUAUUCACUACCUUGAAAAACACUUGUUAAAACAAGUUCAAGGACAUGAAAAAGAUGCUUAA